GGACCAGCCAUUUUACUUAUGGAAAACAGUGGGGCAUAUUCUGCUGACCUUUACCCUGCAAGAAGCAUUUUUGAAAAAUCUAUUCAGAAAAGAGAGAAGUAAUGGGCAUGUUAGUAUACAAUUCUUCCAGCCACGCGUGCCUGCAAGCUGCCGUUUGGACAAGCUGUUGACUGCUAUUCCUAUGAGCUGAUUUGAGAAAGUGGAAUGCAGAGUGAUAAUGCUGCAUAUCUGCUAUCAGACCGCAGAAAAGGUUUUUGUGUUGGGAAGGCAAGCCUUCCCUGCAAUAUUGUCUCAGCAGCUCUCUAGCUGCUUACUCGAAGAAUAGUGACCCGAAAGGAGGGUGUUACCGUCUGUGAACACUGGACUUGUGUGUGGCUGCUGCAUGUGAGCGGCAGGUCUGAAGUAGCAGGUGCGUGCUCCGAUGGGCACUGGACUGUAACACAGGCUGACGCGCUCGGGUUUACCUGCUUCCUGUUAACAGAUUGUUGGCUCAGAGAGCAUCUGCCCACACGCUGAGGCCAAGGCUGAGAAGGAGGUCCCUGUGUAUCCACUUGACUGACAGAGACACUUGGAUUGGACUUAAUCUUAAACCUCUGGAGUUCAAGACCUUUUAAAAAGGGCUAAAUAAACAAUCUCUUCAUCUGAAAGGCCAAUGACUCCUACUUCCUCUGCUCAGAGCAACUGUUGAACCCAGCUGCCUGUAGGAAAACUGAAGACUUUAAUAACAAACCCUCCAAGGUCAAAAUGAAUACAGAUAGCGGUGGGUGUGCUCGCAAACGUGCCGCCAUGUCUGUUACAUUAACAUCUGUGAAGAGAGUUCAGAGUUCUCCAAACCUAUUGGCUGCAGGGCGUGAUUCUCAGUCACCAGACUCAGCUUGGAGAUCUUACAAUGAUCGAAAUCAAGAGACACUGAACGGAGAUGCUACAUAUUCCUCUCUUGCAGCAAAAGGGUUUAGAAGCGUUCGACCAAACCUACAAGAAAAAAAAUCACCAACUCAGAGCCAGAUAACAGUGAAUGGAAGCUCUGGAGGGGCUGUGAGUCCAAUGAGUUACUACCAAAGGCCAUUUUCCCCAUCAGCUUACUCUCUACCAGGCUCACUCAAUUCCAGCAUUAUCAUGCAGCAUGGCCGGUCGCUUGAUUCCACAGACACAUAUCCCCAGCAUGCACAAUCUCUGGACGGCAGCAUGGGCAGCUCCAUACCACUGUACAGAUCCUCAGAGGAAGAGAAGAGAGUGACGGUCAUCAAAGCCCCGCAUUACCCGGGGAUCGGGCCCGUGGAUGAAUCUGGAAUCCCCACGGCAAUUAGAACGACAGUUGACAGACCAAAGGACUGGUACAAGACAAUGUUUAAGCAAAUUCACAUGGUGCACAAACCAGAUGAUGACACAGACAUGUAUAAUACUCCUUAUACAUAUAAUGCAGGCCUGUACAACUCACCCUACAGCGCUCAGUCACAUCCUGCUGCAAAGACCCAGACCUACAGACCCCUCUCCAAAAGCCACUCUGACAAUGGCACUGAUGUCUUCAAGGAUGCUCCCCCUCCCAUCCCUCCCCCACAUGUUCCUCCUCCAGUCCCACCAUUUCGAUCAAGAGAUCGGUCUUCAACAGAAAAGCAUGACUGGGAUCCUCCAGACAGAAAAGUGGACACGAGAAAAUUUCGUUCUGAGCCAAGGAGUAUUUUUGAAUAUGAACCCGGGAAGUCAUCAAUUCUGCAGCAUGAAAGACCAGCCUCCUUGUAUCAAUCCUCUAUAGACAGAAGCCUGGAAAGACCCACUAGUUCUGCGAGCAUGGCCAGUGACUUCAGGAAAAGGAGGAAGAGCGAGCCUGCAGUAGGGCAGCCGAGGGGCUUGGGGGACCCCAGUGCAAGCAGGACCAGUCCCAGUCGAGCUGACCACCCAGGAUCAAGCUCCACCCUGACAAAGUCUUUCAUUAGUUCUUCUCCUUCUUCCCCAUCAAGAGCAAAAGGUGGGGAUGAUAGCAAAAUGUGUCCAUCCCUUUGCAGUUACUCAGGGCUCAACGGCCUCCCCUCCAAUGAGUUAGAUUACUGUAACACUUACAGACAGCAUUUGGACGUCCCCCGGGACUCACAGCGGGCCAUUACUUUCAAGAAUGGCUGGCAGAUGGCCCGACAAAAUGCAGAGAUCUGGAGCAGCACCGAAGAAACAGUUUCCCCCAAAAUCAAAUCCCGUAGUUGUGAUGAUCUCUUAAAUGAUGACUGCGAUAGCUUCCCUGACCCGAAAACCAAGUCGGAAAGUAUGGGCUCUCUGUUGUGUGAAGAGGACUCCAAGGAGACUUGCUCCAUGACGUGGGCUUCCCCCUAUGUCCAGGAGGGCCGCGGUAAUGGCAGAUCAAGGCUUCGACACAGGUCAGCCCACGAUGCCCCAGGGUUCCUAAAAAUGUACAAGAAAAUGCACCGCAUUAACCGCAAGGAUUUGGUGAAUUCAGAGGUGAUUUGCUCGGUGAAGUCGAGGAUAAUGCAGUAUGAGAAGGAGCAGCAGCGCAAGGGCCUGCUCCAUGGGUGGAGCCAGUCCUCCACGGAGGAGGUGCCCAGAGACAUGGUGCCCACCCGCAUCUCUGAAUUUGAAAAGCUGAUUCAAAAGUCCAAAUCCAUGCCAAAUUUAGGAGAUGAUAUGUUAUCUCCCGUAACCCUGGAAUCACAGCAAAAUGGUUUGUGUCCCAAAAGGCGAUUCUCCAUUGAGUCUUUGCUGGAAGAAGAAAAUCAAAGUCGACACCCUUCUCAGGUACAACAAAGCUACAAGUCUAAAACCCUGGUGCCAAUUCACAUUGAGGUCACCAGCGAUGAGCAACCAAGAACUCACGUGGAGUUUUCCGAUAGUGACCAAGACGGAGUUGUGUCUGACCACAGUGAUUACAUUCAUGUAGAAGGAUCCUCCUUUUGCAGUGAGAGUGAUUUCGAUCACUUUUCUUUCACGUCGUCUGAAAGUUUUUAUGGAUCCAGCCACCAUCACCACCACCAUCACCACCACCAUCACCGGCACCUCAUCAGCUCCUGCAAAGGAAGAUGCCCUGCCUCCUACACUCGAUUUACCACAAUGCUAAAACACGAAAGAGCUAAACAUGAACACAUCGAAGAGCCCAAAAGACAAGAAAUGGACCCUGGCCUUUCUAAACUUGCAUUUCUAGUCAGUCCCGUGCCUUUCCGGAGGAAAAAAAGUUCAACUCCCAAAAAACAGACUGAAAAGGCGAAAUGUAAAACGUCUGUAUUUGAGGCUCUGGACUCUGCCCUUAAAGACAUUUGUGACCAAAUUAAAGCUGAAAAGAGAAGAGGAAGUUUGCCAGACAACAGUAUAUUGCACCGUCUUAUCAGUGAACUGCUGCCAGAUAUUCCCGAAAGGAAUUCGUCACUUAACGCUCUGAAAAGGAGCCCCACGCACCAGCCUUUCCACCCACUGCCUCAAGAUGGUGCUGUUCGUUGUCCACUGUACCAGAACGAUUGUGGGAGAAUGCCACGCAGUGCCUCUUUCCAAGACGGGGACACCGCCAACAACAACUACCACCACCAAGACCAUGAGAGUGCGCUGCAUCUCCAAGACCGCGAGUCCCCUAGAAGUUACUUAUCCACUUCGACUGACUUGGGGAGAAGUGCACCGAGGGAAAGAAGAGGAACGCCAGAAAAAGAGAAAUUGCCUGCAAAAGCUGUUUAUGAUUUUAAGGCUCAGACAUCUAAGGAGCUGUCAUUUAAGAAAGGAGAUACUGUCUACAUCCUCAGGAAAGUUGAUCAAAAUUGGUAUGAGGGAGAGCAUCACGGGAGAGUGGGCAUUUUCCCAAUCUCAUACGUAGAGAAACUCACCCCUCCUGAAAAAGCGCAGCCUACGAGACCACCUCCCCCCGCCCAGCCUGGAGAAAUCGGAGAAGCUAUAGCCAAAUACAAUUUCAAUGCGGACACAAAUGUGGAGCUGUCACUGAGAAAGGGAGAUAGAGUUAUUCUUCUUAAAAGAGUUGAUCAAAACUGGUAUGAAGGUAAAAUUCCAGGAACCAACAGACAAGGCAUCUUCCCUGUUUCCUAUGUAGAAGUUGUCAAGAAGAAUACAACCAAAGGUGCUGAGGAUUACCCUGACCCUCCAAUACCCCACAGCUAUUCUAGUGACAGAAUCCACAGCUUAAGUUCAAAUAAGCCACAGCGUCCUGUGUUUACUCAUGAAAACAUUCAAGUUGGGGGGGAACCGUUUCAGGCUCUGUAUAACUAUACGCCUAGGAACGAAGAUGAGCUGGAGCUCAGAGAAAGUGAUGUCAUUGAUGUGAUGGAAAAAUGUGAUGACGGGUGGUUCGUGGGAACCUCAAGGAGAACCAAAUUCUUUGGUACUUUUCCAGGAAACUAUGUCAAGAGACUGUGAAUCACUCUCCCCCUUUAUUUAUGCUGACUUUCAGCACCACAUCUGCAUAACCUUGCCUGAAAGAUCCCCGCAGCCCUCCCGCUGUCAUGCCUCCUGGUUUCCAAUAGAAGUCACCCACUAACACCAUCUCCACCUGCCACCAAACCACCAGCAAAGUGACUGUCCCUGCCGAGCCUCGGGGAGAUUGGAAGACUUGCUUCCGUGUGAAAGUGCAUAUUCCUGCUUUCUGCUCUAAACUUUGAAAAGUCGAUAUGAGGGAUCAGAAAGAAAAUCAUUAUACUUAAAAAGGCUUAAGUAUUUGAGGCAAAAAAGGAAAAUGUCUCAAGGAGGCUCUCUGGUCCCCUUUGAAAGAUGCUCUCCCCUCAGGCAACCAGAAAAUCAUUUAUUACUAAAUGCUGUGGUUUGCAUUUUCACAUUCUGAGCUUGGCAGUCCAUUUUUCUUUCACGAGUUUGCCUAGUGUCCUGGUUUACACGAUAUGACAACUGUACUUCAGCUAUCGUUUGCCUGCACUUAUAUGUUGUAAUAUGCACAGUGAUUACAAAAUCUAAAGCAAGAGUAGGAAAGUUAAUUCGAAUGAGUGUGAUUUUGUUGAUUGAAUGUGAGGUUUCAAAUAGGAGUCUUUUUUCCUGCAGUUUUUUUUGUACUUUUUAGAAGUGCAAAAUAGUAAGUGAAUAAGAGCCUUUGGUCAUAAUCACGAGAAUAUAAGCGGUUUAGCUAGACUACAAAAAAAAACUAUUGUGUUGUAAAGUUGCAUUGUUAUUUUAUAUUAAAAUGUAAUAAUCAGCAUCAUGAACAAUGAGCUCUUAGUGUUUUAUUUAUCUGAUAAAAUUUUAAUAAAAGCAGUGUUAGUGAGAGGUGCAAGGAAUUAUUCUAACAUAGACACUUGAAAGUAUCUGUAAGCAAUAUUCAUAGGUAAGAUUUCACUGUGUGUACAUACAUACAUUUGAGAUUGUGUGAGAACAGACAAUCCAUAUGGUAUGUUGUACAUUUUAUGGAAAUGUAAAAGAAUCCCACACAUUAUUUUAUAGAAAUAGAGUACUUCGGAAGCAUCACAAGUAUUAAGGCUGGUUUUAGCAAGGAUUAUGAUCAAUACAGUUAUUUUUACUAUGAUAAUUAUUUUUCUUCUAUGGAACUCAGAAUCCUGGCUACAUUUGAGGGCAGGAAUAUGUUGAGCCUGAUUUUCCUGGUGUGUGUAAAAUAUUUCCUUGGAAUAAACUAGGCACUUUUUAGAGGCAAUGUAAAUCAUUCAGGUUAUAUUUUCUGCUCUGAAGUAGAAACUUACAAAAUGAUAUUGGGACCUGAAAGAUUUAACGUGGUUAACAGCGCCUGAGUUACACAUACCCUGAGAACUAGCUUUGUAUUUCUUAUGACUUUGCGUAAGAACUCUUCAUAUUUGGAUCUUGAGCACCUUACAGAUAAAACUUUUUAUGGCAUUUCUUCUGUGGACAGUGAUCGAUCUUUUCACAACGUACGUAGACUCUAGAAUUUUGUACAUAUGUUUGCUCUUUUUUUGUACAGACUGUUUAGUUGUUGAGAAAACAGGGGAAUUUCCUAAUUUGGUCUUUAUCCUUCACUUAAACUAAGCUAAAACACUUUCAGCAGAUUAUCCUUCACAUAUCCCACAGAUCAUAAACCCACCUUGAUAGUGCGAUUCUGUAAGAUAGCAUUUAUGCAAAAGUUUAAGAACCUAAAAGAUCUCAGCAGCCAAACUGAAAUGUACAUAAAUAUUGAUUACAGAGGAAUUUCAUUAGGAAGGAAGUAAAGAAACAUCUUUGAUCAGCCUACCUUGAUUGCUGUCAAGUUCACAAUCAGCUUUAUAUUUUAAAGGCUUUGGGUUUGAAAUUAGGUCAACUGCAUGCAGCUUCGCUGAUAAAUGGACAAUUAUCUUUGAUGCCGUUAAUGAGAAAAGACUUCAAUAUCUGUUGCCUGUCACAUUUAAGAAAAAUUACUGUUUCUACACUCUGUAUCUGAUUUUAAAAGGAAAAAUAUUCAUACCUGCCUUUCAGGUCAUUGACUUUGAAUUCUUACAAGCAAAGGUCAUUGUGUUUUUCUUGAAUAGACAUCUAAUAAAUUUCGCUUGGAAGUAUA